GGGUAGAGGCUGAGGGAGUCCAGUGAAGCCGGACCAGAACCACCACUGCUGCUGACGUACAGCAUUUCAUGGUGGGAACGAUGGACGCUCAGUGUGGCUAAGAGAAAAACAUAAAGAUUAAAGUCAUUUUGAGCAGAAAGCUGCAGCAGAGCAGUGCUGCUGGUGGGUGGUGCUGCUGGUGGGUGGUGCUGCUGGACCUUCACAGUGAGGUGUCACAGCAGGCCGGAUCACCUCCCUGUUAAUUGUCUUGGUCAGAGUGUGAAGUAUGAGGGUCACAUGUUUGGAGCGUGGACCUCACGGCGCCCGCACGUCUCUUCAGACUUCAGCCUGUCAGACGUUACGGAGAUGAUCCUCGGAGCUUCUGUUCAGAGAUAAAUCUGCGGAUCUGAUUGAGAAUUUCAGAGACGAACUGAAGACAGAGUCCAGAGAGAGUGCUGUGUUGGACGAUGGCUCCCAGGAGGAUGGACACUAAACCUGUGAUCUUCUGUCUGAAGACACUGCUGCUGCUCUACUCCUUCAUCUUCUGGGUGACAGGUGUGGUCCUGCUGUCGGUGGGGUUGUGGUGGAAGUUCAUGUUGGGUCCGUACAUGUUGCUGAUCUCCAGCGGUCCCUCCAACGGUCCGUACGUCCUCGCGGGCACCGGGGUGGCCAUCGUGCUGUUCGGACUGUUCGGCUGCUUCGCCACCUGCAGGGGGCGCCCCUGGAUGCUGAAGCUGUACGCCGUGUUUCUGUCUCUGGUCUUCAUGACGGAACUCAUCGCUGGAAUCUCCGGGUUCAUCUUUCGCCAUGAGAUUAAAGGGACGUUUCUCACGACGUACAGCGACGCAGUGAUGAGAUACGACGGGCGGGACGACCGGAGUCUGGCUGUGGACGGAGUUCAACGCAGACUGCACUGCUGUGGAGUUUAUAACUACACCACUUGGUUCAGCAGCGUCUACUUUUCGGGCGGAGGGAUUCCUGCCAGCUGCUGCGUCAGCUUCUCCGACUGCAGCUCGGCCGACUUGAAGGACGCGACUGUGGCUGCUCGUAAAGUUCACAAACAGGGCUGCUACGAGCUCGUCACGUCCUUCAUCGAGGGCAACAUGGGGAUCAUCGCCGGGGUCACGUUCGGCAUCGCCUUCUCUCAGCUGGUUGGGAUGUCUCUGGCCUGCUGCGUGUCUCGCUUCAUCAACGCCAACCAGUACGAGAUGGUCUGACAGAAAAGAGACGAGGAUGCACGUCACCAUGGAAACCUGGACACACUCACACACACACACUCUUUUAUUUAUUUUUGUUCUUUAAUUUUGUGCAGAAGAAAUCAAUAGAAACAGUAAUAAAUAAAUUCAUGGUGCGACUUUGAGUGUUUUUAUUUCGGUGAUGAGUCGUGAAGAGUCGUGAUGACUUAUGAUGAGUCGUGAAGAGUCGCGAAAAGUCGCGAAGAGUCGUGAUGAAUCGUGAUGAGUCGUGAAAAGUUGUGAUGAGUCGUGAUGACUUAUGAUGAGUCGUGAUGAGUCGUGAAGACUUAUGAUGACUCGUGAUGACUCGUGAAGAGUCGUGAAGAGUCGUGAUGAGUCGUGAAGACUUAUGAUGAGUCGUGAUGAGUCGUGAUGACUUGUGAUGACCCGUGAUGUGAGCGCUCAGUCUGACACAGAUUCUUCUUCCUCUUCUUUUUCUUCUUCUUCCUCUUCCUCUUCUUCCUCCUCCUCCU